AAGAACAUAGAUCUAGACAACCUUUAGCUAUCCACCUUUACCAACACAUGUCACCAUACGAAGUUAUACAGUACGCUUCGUCUUUGACUGGACUCCAGAUUACGUAGGCACAGACUUGACUCGUUGACCCUACGUCACGAUAGUAGCAGCCGCUGGUAUUAAACGUGUCGGCAACGCUCAUUACUUACCCUCAUACCUAUAAGCUCAGAGCUUGAAAUUUGCAAGGCUUGGAGGUUAGUGCCGAGCAACGAAGUAGCAGGCACCAAUUAUCACUACUAUGUCUUUGUCGACCACCAAGCAUGUCCGGGCCAUUGCUCGUCUCGAGGUCGAGGCUCGAAUCACAGAGUGCUUAGCAGCUCUUCGAGAUCUCAGAACACAGAUCAAUUCACUCGCGGACGUGGACUGUCUACCAGAUGAUGUCUUAGUCGACAUCUUUCUGGCCCUGUUACCUCCUUUUGAGUUUUCUGGGAAGAUCAACAACACUUCCUCUUCUUCUAGCACUUCCUCUUCUUCUAACCCUUCUGAUUCUUCUGACUCCAACUCCGAGGCAGGCUGGGAUCAAGAAAGCAAGAGUGACUCCGAGGCAAACUGGGAUCAAGAAAGCAAGAGUAACUCCCCAGAUUUAUUCACUGAUCUUACAGUGGCAACACAUGUUUGCCAACGCUGGCGAAAUGUUGCUCGUAACACCGCUAUUCUAUGGACACACAUCGUUAUCGACGAGAGGGCUUCAAGGGUGUCGAUGAUGCUGGAUCUAUCCAGACAGGCAUCCCUUCGUGUUCAGAUUGAAGGGUGUUAUCGGUCACAGCCAUCAUUGAGCUUGCUUCGUCCCCACAUUUCUCGAAUCCGAUCUCUCAUUCUCUCCGAAACCAGUUAUGACAACGAAGAUGAGGAGAGAUCCUUCAGAGAGAUGUACUUGGAGCGUUCCCCAGUUGCGUCCGACAACGCGCACUGUCAAGGAGCCAAUCUUCCGACCGCCGCUGUCAUUAAACUCCCAUGUCUCAGCCAGGUGUAUCUCGGAUCCGUGCACUUGAAUGACUCGCUUGCACUGUUUCGUGGUGCUCCCAGGGUUAGUCGUAUUCGCAUCGGUGAUAGGGGCGUACUGGAGCUCAAUAAUAUUGUGGCGAUUUUAAGGACCAUUCCUAACGCGGUAUCUCUGCGAAUCGAGGGAAUGUCUUGUCAUUCUCAGCCUGGAGUGCAACCUUGCCCAGUUGUGCUGAAUGAACUUCAGUCACUGUCUAUAUUGAGCUCAUGGACAGGUGCGGAUCAUCUCCUGGGCAUCAUUGUAGCACCAAGGGCGGCCUCGCUCUUCAUUCAAUGCAACUCCGCAUUCUCCGAGUUGCCCAUUAGCCGUGGCAAUUUGGGACAGGGCAUUAGGGAAUUCUUUAACGACAGGCAAUGUGACAGAGAUAUGUCCAUAUCAUUGCUCCCUGGUUUACAGACAUUCAGCCUCUCCGAUGUGGCCUUUCGCAUUGAGACUGCUCAAUGGCAAUUUGAAUGUUGUAGCGUCGAUGUUAAAGAAGUCCCUUUAUGCCUCGAUGCUUUGCAGCCCGUGAUAGUAGAUGUGCAAAAUCUUCACCUCCACGUUCAUCCGCGAUGUCAUGGCCAGCUUGCAACUUCAACCAUCUCCAAUUUAUCACUUCCAACAAAGAUCUUCCAGGCAUCCACGAACCUCAACACAAUAACCAUAUCUUCAUUCGAUGCAGCAUUCGUGAUAUCCUUACUUCAGACUUGGUUCUCUACCGCUGAUCCGAAUUUCUUGCCGAACCUACACGAAUUGAGUCUUCACAACAUCCAGCACAUCCCAGCUCCGAUACGUUGUCGGGGAUACUCCAUACAGGAUCCAACUUCCAUCGUGGAGACGUUAAUAACAGUCUUCAGGGCCUGGAAAAACAUCGGUCGAGCGUUACCCACAUUGAGGUUGCGUGAAUGCUAUGGUGUGAAAGGAGAGGAUUCGGUACGGUUGUCUAGGAUUACAGGCGGUACUGUCGUCAUAACGUGGUUCGCAUAACGUUGACGUAGAGCGACAGUUUGGAACGUGGCGAAAACCAGGACGAAAGUUUGACGAGGGUGUUGCUUACAAGUUCAUGACCCCAGUUCGGUUGAUGGCUUGUGGUGGAGUGUUUCUGCAUAGAUACGUCGCGUGCUCCAAAGAACGUAGGAAUUAUACGAGCACUUCUGCAAAGUACAAUCAUUUCAUAAAUCUAUGUCGAUCAAGUACGACUCGCUACUACAGCACAGUCCUGUGGUUCCUUUCAUUGUGUCUGAUAUGACGUUGCAAUAUACUUUAUGAAUAGCAGCGGGAACGU